GCUCUAUGCCAGCCAGUCCGAAGAAACGCAUGCAGGAAUCGGAGAAAGACGACGUUUUUCUUUGUGCAAAAUCCUUCUCGCGCUGAUCUGCAUUCAUGGUGUGUCUAACAGCUCGCUAUUUCGAGGUUGAAUGGAUAAACUCGCAUUUCUGCUUUGUUUGUGUAUAUUUUCGCGGCUCCGCUCUCCAGACGCUUGCUCACGCAUAUCCCUCUUUUCUUCUAGACACUUCUCUCUCGAAGAGAAACUACAGACGUAACGGCGUUUCUCGUCCGCCGUUCCCUCCACUCUUCCCGCUGCGACGGCGGCUCAAGAAAAUCUGGGCGGUGGUAGUUCAUUUAAGAGACGUCGAGUGAAGAAAGCCUUUUUCACAACGAGCCUUUCCUCCAUUUUCUUGUCUUUCAAAGUGAACAGAAAGGCUUUUUGUCCGCCAAAGUUGUUGGCAUUGCGACAACGCCUGGCCUUUUUUGCGUACCUUCCCUAGGUCGCUGGCUCUCUUUCUGGGUUGCAGAAAAAAUUCUGUCUCUUCGAAAGAUUUCCGCCUCAUCAGGAACUCGUCUUUUCUGUGCGCUUCCUGUCCGCGAAAACGAGGCCGCGAAAGAGUCCAAGGAGACAACAAACGGCGGGUCCAGUUGCCGGCGUUGCGGGGGACGUUUCUCAAGUUCCGCUGUGUAGUGCGAUUGUUUGCCUGCUUGCUUCCUUUUCCCGCCUUCUUGUUUCAUCGUUUCCCUGUCUGUUGACGCGAGGCGUCUUCGUGUACUUCGUCUCACCGUCCUCAGUUUUCUGUUCCCGAGAGGAGUCUUUGUCUCCGUCCCGAUCUCGUGCCUUUCUUUUCCUGGCUGUUUCAAAAGUGUACCCCUUCUUACCCUCUCCAGAAUCCUUCUUCCAUACUUCAUAUUUCUCUUGGUCCCACCCUCCUCCUCUGAAUUAAAAAUAACGGUCGUCAGGUACGCCGGGAACAGGUCUUGGAUUCUGUACCGGGGUCUGCACUGGUCAAUCUCCCGAUUUCGACUUCCGUGUUGACUCUCCAUGUCCAUCGUUUAUAUCGGCAUCGUCCAUCUCUACAUCGAAAUCUAUUUGCGUCGACUUCUCUCCUCCGUCGGUUUGCAUGGGUGUGUGUGCAGAUAGCUGUACGCACUGUUUUAUGCGUGUAGCUCGCGUUCUUUUCAUGUGAAUACGGUCUGUGUUUCAUUGCGUCUGUCUCCAAAAUGGAGGAUUAUCGCCAGCGUCAUCGGGAUGCGUACGAGCGCCGCGUGGCAGAGCAAAAGGCUCGUGAAGAACGCGAGAGACAGGCAGCAUCUCAGCGAAACGGUUCGACAGAACCCGCUGUUGCUCCCUCCUCUUGUUCCUCCAGCAACUCACAGAACCCUCCGCAAGAUUCCUCGCACGUCUGCUGUCCCUCCUCCUCUGCCUUCUCCCAGCCGCGCUCUUCUCUGUCCUCAUCCUCACCCUCUUCGUCUGCCGCGUUACCAUCGGGGUCUUCUCCCGCGGCUGCGUCUUCGUCUCAUGCACUUGGGGUGGUGGACUCGGACCGGAUUUCUGCGGAGGAGGCGGCGUCCCUCGAGGAGGCCCGGCGGCUGCAGAGACAGUUCGAGGCGGAAAUGGAGGGCAUUCGACCGCCAGACGACACCUACGAGGAAACGCUGAUUUCUGAGGACAUCCAUCCUUCCCACCGAGCCUGGUGGGAAAGACCUAGCGCCUCGCCGAUUCGUCUGUCGCGCGCGGCGUCGAUGAGAAGUGACGGUCGCAGAGGUCAACAGCCCCCGAGUCGACAGUCUCCUCAGGACGGCGAGGAAGACGACGCCGCUCUCGCCAGACGACUUCAGGAAGAAGAAUACAGCCGACAUCGAGAGAUGUCUCCUGUUCCAGCGAUUCCUUCAGGAGGAUCGCCUUCGCGGACGCUGUCUGCUCACACCCCACCUCAAGGUCUGGCGUCUCGUGGAGGGAAUCCAGCGUCUCCUUUUCACAUGAAUGUUUCGCCCGGGAGGUGCGUGAUCGACGUAGACCGAGAGAGCGACAGCGAGGUGCAGGUUGUCUCUUCGCGUCCGAACUCACCCUCUCCGGCUUCUCCACCCCACACUCGCCAAGGAGACACUUCUGCCGGCUCGGUGUCUCCGUGGGGCUUUCGAGGGACCUCGCCUGCACUGGACGCGAGCGCAGGGGGUCUUACUCCGGGAAGUGCGGCAGCCUAUCCAGCCGCCUCUCCAGAGGCGGAAGUUUUCGCCGCUGCUGGCAUUGAUAUUGAUUCCGAUGAGGCGAUUAUGCAAGCUACGAUCGCACAGAGCCUCGUGGACAUGUAGAUCCCAGGCUUUUUCGUCUCGGCCUGCCUGCAGGCUGGCUGUAAAAGCUGGAGGAAGAAGAGUUGAAGCGAAAAUAGUUUCUGCUUGGCUCUACACAGCCUUGUGGGCCUGACGCUCGCCCGGGAAGCACACCGGAAUGAUCUCAAAUUCUUUGGGGAAAAUGUUGUGCGAGAUGCGCUGCUGGUACGAGGGAAUGUGUUUAACAGCUCAGAAGAAGAUUAAGCUAUCGCGACAAAGUGGCUAUCCACUUUUCUUUAUCUGCGAGAUGGGCGAACCAAUGCGAUGCAGACUUGCGAAAGUGACUUUCGCCGUUUCGCGUUUGCAGUCUCUUUUCUCUUUCGAGAGGAAAAAUGCCAAGCGGAAACGCCGCACUUCUCUCGAGAGUUCUUCACUUUCAAAAACGUCCCCGCGCGUCAACCAUAGCGACUGUCUCUGUUACUGACGUUUCAACAGACCCUGAGACGCGUCUUCUCCGUCUAGCCUCUAUCCUGAAGUUCACAUUCUUGUCUAUACGUUCUUAUAUACAGCCUCAAUACAAAAUAGGUGUAUCUGCAUGAAUGUUUAAUAUAUAUAUAUAUAUAUAUAUUCAAUAUUAUAUAGGCGACCAAGCAGAGAAACGCGUAUCCGUGUGUAGAGGCAGAAGAAAGUGCUAGAUCCAGAACUGGAGAUAUAUAGAAAUGGAUGCAGACAUACACACACAUGAUCACAGACAAGUGUGGGGUGCCCACUUUGUCCGUGUCUCCAAUCUCGAAGGGCGUUGUUCCAUCCCUCUUCUUUUUUUCAGCGUGAGACAUGGAAAUCGAGGGGCCUCGAGAAAACACAGACAAGUUCCUUUCUUGUGGUUUUUUGCCGCUUUCGAUUCUUUGUUGGAGCUGGGUUCCCUCUUGGUCGAACUCGGGAGCCCGGCACAACACCACACACAAUCCCUGCAGACGCGCAGACGACUACACGCAUCGUUCUGUGUUCCGUCGACGUACUUCUUUGUGUCAUUUGGAGGGGACGACGACGCUCGGGAAAAAUGGAUAUCAAAAGUUGACAGUAUGCAUGGGCACGUGGAGUUUCUCUCUUCUCUCAAAACCGCAGCAAAAUGCUCAACCGGGGAAGAGUUCUACAGAUGCAUAUAUAUAUAUAUAUAUAUAUAUAUAUAUAUAGUAUGCAUGCACACAGAAGUAUCCGCCUACAUAUAUGUAUAUAUAUAUAUAUAUAAAUGCAGGCGGAUACUUAUAUUGUCAUUCUGUGUCAAGCGUUUACACGUUUGAAGAAGUUGAGCGUUGAUGUGAGUCCCCGCUGGUCUUUCCUCGCGUCGUUGGGAGGAGUUCAGAGGCUUGAGUCUUUUUUUAAUAGGAUUUUGCGAAACGAAUUGGACAUAUUCCGUAGUCGUUGUCGUCAGAUUGAAGUGGAGAAGGGAAAUCCGCAAACUCGCCAGGUGCUGAACGACUCGUGCGUGGAACAACAAGGCUGAGCAAAAUCAAGGGAAGAGAUUCCUUAAAGAAACAAACCGAAGCAACCUGAAAGGUCCUGAUGGGCUCGAAGCAAACACAUCUUCGCUUAGUGUCUUUUUUUUUUCACGCUGUAAAACGUAAGGCGUCGUCAGAAAAAACGACUGAGAAGUCCCCCGUAGAGAUCAUCUAGUCUACCACACAUGAAACCCACAACUCUCGUAAAUGCAUCACAACCAUAUAUAUAUAUAUAUAUAUAUAUAUAUGAGAGGUGGAUAUAUGCUUUAGACUUAAUAUCACCUGGCGGUGUAGAUACGGGAUAAUGUGGGUUUUUUCGCGUGCUAUCUUCUGGCUUUUCGAGGUUUGCAUGGGGAGACGUGCCUGCACGAAGGUGUAUUGAUAUUUUUUUCGCCUCUCACGUGGACUUCACUUUCUUGUUUUUCGGAAGUGUGACAGAAGAUGAGAUAGGCACGCGGUACGACUCCGCUUUUUACUCAGCAGGUCCAGAGCGACCAGAACUCCCAUCCACUUUUUCUGUCUUUUGACGCCUGGAAUAUGCGGAUAAAAGGCGAGCCUUCUACAGCUCAACUGGUAUUGCUGGGACUGUCUACUAUGUACAUACGGCGGUAGUAUCAAGCCCGACCCCGCCGCCACCCAGAGGCAAAUUUUUAAUGCACGGAACGCCUUUCUUGUUCUUGUUUCCCUCACCCGGAGUGCCGAGAAGUUUCUGUGCAAAGAGUCAUUCGACAGUACAACAACUAUGAGCACGACACGGUGUGGAGAAUGAAAGGUGCCGUUUCUCAAGUGUCGCUUGCAUUUAUUCGAAGAGAAAAAGUUGCAUCCCUCUUGAGAUGUUUUACGGAACAUGCAGGCUCUCUCUCUCUCUGCGUCGAAUUCAAUGAAAGACAUCUUCAUCACCGGUAUAUCUCGCGUACCUCGAAGCACUGAGGCCAGUCUUUUUUCCAACGUCACUGUUUUUAUUCGUGCAGCAAGAACGGAUGAAACAGCGAGCUCCAUUUGUGUGGACCCUCGCAACCAGCAUGAAGAUUCCAACAGGUGUGCAAAUGCGCCCUUCUUGUCUAGUUUGCAAUUGCAUUCUGCACGUCUGUUGAAUUGGAUGGACACACCAGCGUUUUGAGUUUUGGCCCGUGGUUCUCGGAGUCUCUGUACUGUUGGAGGAGCAUGGCUACUUGGCUUGCUGCUCUUGGUUUGGACGCUCGUCCUUAACUUAGAGCUAGAAGCGAAGAACUCGACUGAACCAUGUGCAUUCCCUAGCUUUGCCCGCGCCUUGCCUCCCACCCCGUCGCUUUGAAUCCACGUCCACGAGUUCAGAUCGCCCGUCGACCUCGUCUGGAUCAGGACACUCAACUGAGAGGCGCUGGUCCUUUGGCGCCCCUGCCACCACAGGCUCUAGGGGAUGGCGCUUCUGUGCCGCGCCCGGUAUUUUCUCGUGACCAGAGUGAUUGAUAACGCCGUGAGCGAGACUCACAUGAAACAGAUUCAGCAGCAAUCGGGAUUGGACAAUAUGCCCUUCACUAAGUCCUAGAUAAUGGUUCUAAAUCCUGCCGCUACUGACGGGUUAAGUGGAGGACUCUCAGGGAAGCGCCCGGACGCAACGCGUGCAUGUCGGCACUCGGAGGUUCAGUGCAAGGGCACCGAAGAUCAAUUGGUG